GCUCAGAUCCACACGCCACGAUAGUGCUAGUUUUUAUAGCUUUGGUAAAUACUGUUAUGCUGCUUUACUAUCUUAAGAAAUUUAAAUGUUGUUUUUAUCUUAAGAAAGUCAAAUUAUCAAAGCCUAAAUGCUGAUCUCUGCAUCUAGUCAUAUUCAAAUAUAUCUGUUCACAUCUGUUAUCCAAAAUCGAUUGUGAUUUGGAGAUUAGGCUCAGAUUCACACGCAACAAUAAUACUAGUUUUUUUAGUUUUUGAAAUUACUGUUAUGUUGCUUUACUAUCUUAAGAAAGUUAAAUGUUGUUUUAAUUUCGGGUAUAACAAAACAAAACCGAAAAAAACAAAUUUAGGAUCCGGUUAAGCUUUGAUAUAUGGUUAUUGAGUGGAUCGGUUCGGUUAACCGGGCUAGACAUCCCCAAUCUGAUGGUAAAUGAAGAUUUGACUGUGUAAUCCAAAAAAAAAAUAAGUUGGUAAAAGAGAAAACAAGAUUAUGAUCUACAGUUGCAACUUAAAAGCCAUACCGUAACCGUGGAACUCGCAUGUGCUAUUUCGGAACCACAAUCCCAUUUUUAGACAAGUCUGGAUCACACUUUGGUCUGUGAUUAUUUGUCGUGUCCUAUAAAUAUAAGAUCUGCUUCAUCCUCUAUCUAACAGAGUCUGUCAUUUCAAGCAGGGUCUCUGUCUCCUUCCUUCAGUUUCCUUCAUGUUUCAUCUUUAGCUAACACACAAAAAAAACUUUUGUAUAUAUCUAACUUUACAUAUAUACUGAGUUUGAGUGGUGGUGUCUGAUCCAUAUUCACCAAACCAUGGCUGUUGUUGUAUCAUCUAACGGGAACGCUCCUGCUUUCGAAGCCAAGUUGACUGUCUAUGUCUUUAUCUGCGUUGUCAUUGCUGCUUUCGGCGGUUUGAUCUUCGGUUACGACAUCGGAAUUUCCGGUGGAGUGACGGCUAUGGACGAUUUCUUGAAAGAAUUUUUCCCUGCUGUGUGGGAGAGGAAGAAGCACGCACAUGAGAAUAAUUACUGCAAGUAUGAUAACCAGUUCUUGCAGCUGUUCACAUCUUCUCUUUACCUAGCCGCGCUCGUUGCCAGCUUCUUCGCUUCAGCCGUUUGUUCUAAACUCGGAAGGAAGCCCACGAUGCAGUUCGCUUCUAUCUUCUUCUUGAUCGGUGUGGGACUAACCGCGGGAGCGGUUAACCUCAUCAUGUUGAUUUUUGGAAGAAUCUUGCUUGGCUUUGGUGUUGGCUUUGGCAACCAGGCAGUGCCGCUUUUCUUGUCGGAGAUUGCUCCAGCACAGCUCAGGGGAGGUCUCAACAUUGUGUUCCAACUCAUGGUCACAAUAGGAAUCCUAAUAGCCAACCUUGUCAAUUACUUCACUGCCAAGGUACAUCCUUACGGUUGGCGUAUUGCUCUCGGUGGAGCCGCGAUUCCCGCCGUUUUCCUUCUCUUCGGUUCACUGAUCAUCUGCGAGACUCCCACGAGCCUCAUCGAGCGCAACAAGAACGAAGAAGGCAAAGAGGCACUAAGGAAGAUCAGAGGAGUUGAAGAUAUCAAUGAAGAGUAUGAAUCUAUCGUCCAUGCUUGUGACAUUGCGAGUCAGGUCAAGGACCCUUUCAGGAAACUGUUGAAGCCAGCGAGUCGCCCACCGUUCAUCAUCGGAAUGCUUCUCCAGCUUUUCCAGCAGUUUACUGGAAUCAAUGCUAUUAUGUUCUAUGCACCGGUUCUGUUCCAGACCGUUGGUUUUGGAAGCGAAGCAGCUCUUCUCUCCGCGGUUAUCACGGGAACUAUCAACGUUCUCAGUACGUUCGUCGGGAUCUACCUCGUCGACAAGACUGGUCGGAGAUUCCUUCUUCUACAAUCUUCCGUUCACAUGCUAAUUUGCCAGUUGAUCAUUGGAAUCAUCCUAGCGAAAGACUUAGGCACGACGGGGACACUCGGGAAGCCACAAGCGCUAGUGGUUGUGAUCUUUGUGUGCGUUUACGUGAUGGGAUUCGCGUGGUCAUGGGGACCUUUAGGAUGGCUGAUUCCUAGCGAGACUUUCCCACUAGAGACACGAAGUGCAGGGUUCGCCGUUGCUGUCUCGUGCAACAUGUUCUUCACGUUCGUGAUCGCGCAGGCUUUCUUGUCGAUGCUUUGCGGGAUGAGAUCGGGGAUAUUCUUCUUCUUCAGUGCUUGGAUCGUUGUGAUGGGACUGUUUGCGAUGUUCUUCAUACCGGAGACUAAAGGAGUGGCUAUUGAUGAUAUGAGGGAGAGUGUGUGGAAGCCUCAUUGGUUCUGGAAAAGGUAUAUGCUUGAUGAGGAUGAUGUGGAGAAGAGAAACUGAUUGAAGUCAAUAUGUCUCUCUUGUGUGUUUUUCUUUUCAUGUUACUUUGUUGAUGUUUGUAUAACUCUUUCGUUACUUGUGUUGUUUCGUGGGACAAAUAGUGUAAUAAUACCAACCUGUUGAUUCA